GAAGUAGAUAAGGUUUUAUGAUUGCUGAUCGUCUUCGACCUCCAUAACUGUUUCUAUUCCAAAAGAGCAAAUUAUGAGUCUGGUGAAAUCUCUGGGUGCUUCGGCGGUGGUGAACGUCCCCGCCGCCGCCGUCACCACCACCCAACUUCAUCACGGUACACAUUCCUUCCCCUUUCUGUCGCUGUCGCAACAUUUGCCCAAACUAAACACCACCACCACCAGUAUCAGCUGGAAAACAACUACCCCCGUCAGGACAGCUGUCGCCGCCAUCAAUUCUUCCGACACCAUGGAAAAGGAAACAGAGAGUAAAAAGGAAUACCAUUUUGUGGUUGCGAAUGCAAAAUUCAUGUUGGAUGAAGAAGAACACUUUCAAGAGCAGUUGUUUGAAAGAGUCCGUCUUUUCAAAGAGAGAAAUAUGGAGCAGGAUUUUUGGCUUGUGAUUGAACCCAAGUUUUUAGACAAGUUCCCCAACAUUACCAAGAGACUUAAGAGACCUGCAGUUGCUUUGGUUUCCACCAAUGGUACAUGGAUCAAGUUCAUGAAGUUGAGACUAGAUCGAGUUUUGUUAGAUAGCUUUGAAGCAGAGAGUAUGGAAGAAGCAUUGGCAUCAAAUCCUUGUAAUAUAGAGUUCGAGAAACCAAGUAAUUGGGUCGCCCCAUACCCGAAGUAUGAGUCUGGUUGGUGGGAAUCUUUGUUGCCGCCAAUCCCUCAGACACAACAAGUGUCAAAAUUCGUAAAAUCAUUAGGAGUGUAUGUUUGUGGUUAUAAGAAGAAUAUUCAGGAACAUCGUUUGAUCAAUCCGGACUGA